AUGUUCUGCAAAAGAAGCAGCAUACGGCUGUUGUUCCCCAUAGUUUGGUUGAGUAAUUGUAUUCAAACAUGGCAUCCAUUCAUUGCUUCACCAUGGCAGAGACGCUAUUCAACGUUUUCAAGAGCGGACCGGCUCGAGGCGUUGAGCGAGGCAAGAGAGAUGUUCUACUUUGGCUAUGAAAAUUAUAUGGAGCACGCCUUUCCCGCAGAUGAAUUGGAUCCAAUACACUGCACUGGAAGAGGACACGAUCAUAGCAAUCCGUCCAACAUAAACAUUAAUGAUGUUCUGGGUGAUUACUCCUUGACUCUGAUCGAUUCGCUCGAUACUUUGGUGGUGCUAGGAGAUACCGAGGAAUUCAAGCGAGCCGUGUCUCUUGUUAUCAACACUGUGACAUUUGAAAAGAAUACUACUGUACAAGUGUUUGAGGCGACAAUCAGGGUUAUCGGGUCCCUGCUAUCUGCUCACUUAAUUGCAUCAGAUGAGUCUCGUUUGUUAGGAGAUUUUUACAUGCCCGAGUAUGAAGGUGAAUUGCUAACUCUUGCUCAUGAUCUUGCUGCACGUCUCCUUCCCGCAUUCGAGGGUACUAGAACAGGUAUCCCUUAUCCUCGUGUAAAUCUAAUGCGUGGUGUACUUCCCGAUACUAUAGAGGAGACUUGUACGGCUGGAGCUGGAUCUCUUUUGGUAGAAUUCGGAAUUCUGUCGCGUUUGUUAGGAGAUCAGACAUUCGAACGUACUGCCAGACGAAUUAAUGAGAGAUUAUGGCAACAUCGCGAUGAAAAUACCGGUUUACCAGGUAACGUCAUAAAUAUACAAACUGGAGAGUGGGUUGGACAUCUGAGCGGCGUUGGCGCUGGUCUGGACUCAUUCUAUGAAUAUUUCCUCAAGGCAUAUAUCUUAUUUGGAGAACCUCGCGAUCUGCAGUUAUUUAAUGAAGCGUAUGAUGCCAUUUUGGCUAAUAUGCGUCGUGGAAGGAUUUACUGCAAUUCUCAGGAUGGUGAACCACCACUGUUUGUGAAUGUCGAUUCACGUGAUGGUAGCACGGCCAAUACCUGGAUUGAUGCGCUGCAGGCUAGUUUUGCUGGACUUCUUGUUUUGGCAGGUCAUUUGGAGGAAGCAAUCUGUCAACAUGCGUUCUAUUACGCAGUUUGGAGCAAGUACGGGGUGCUGCCAGAGCGAUAUAAUUGGUACCUGAAACGCCCUGACGUGAACUUUUAUCCUCUUCGGCCCGAGUUUGUUGAGUCGACAUACUUUUUGUAUCAGGCUACGAAGAAUCCUUUCUACCUGCAUGUUGGAAAAGAAAUAUUGGAAUCCUUGAACAGUAAAACUAGAGUCAAAUGCGGUUUCGCCACUGUACAUAAUGUUGACGAUGGAAGUCUGGAGGACAGGAUGGAGUCGUUUUUCCUUGCUGAGACCAUGAAAUACCUAUACUUGUUAUUCGAUGAGGAGAAUCCGGUAAACGUUCAUCAAGAGCGGUUGUUGUUUACGACUGAGGGGCAUAUUGUCCCUAUACUUCACAAGUUCCGAAAACACUCCUUCGUCGAACCUCGUAGUCACAGCAGGCCUGGUACGAAGAAGCUCCUUGCGGGUCCAAAAAAGCUCGUAAUAUCGAAUAGUGAAGGACUUGUGCGUCGCGCUUCGGAGGGUUACACACGAACAGUCGGCAAUUCUUCAUGUGAGACCACAGAAGCGUUCCCUCGACAUGUGCCUCCGCUUGGCGACAUUCAUAUGAAGGAAAUAUUUCAAUCUGUUGGCCUGGUAUGGGAUUGGUGGAGUUGAUAGCAGCAUUCUUGGGUCGUAGGGAUCAUUCACGCUUAGCAGGUUCUUAGCGAAGUUUGUGCCGGUUAGGUCUCAUUCCUAUGAAUCGACAUCUAGUCUUUCCUGCGGGUUGGUUGUUUCAUUUGCGAAUCCGUGUCCAUGUUCAAAAUUCCUCAUAUCUCUAUAUGCUUGUGCCUUGCUUGAUUCCGGGAAAUUUUCACUUUAAAAUGUGAACUAUAUCAUAUGGCGGCUGUGAUAUAUGAGUAGUGGUAACCUCCUCUUUUCUCAGGGUUCCUUAGCCCUCUUGUCUUCUUUCAUUCAUGGUGUACAUUAUACAUAAAGAGUUCUAUCU